GCCUUUUUCUUCGGUGGUUGUUGUAUAGUGGCGGUGGUGGAGUUGGCGCGCGGCUGCUGGUUCACUGGCUCCGCCUUGCCCACCUCGCGCGGCGGCAGCCGCAAAAGCAGCAACAAAACGGCCGCGCGUCAGACUGCUUGCUGCUGCUGGCACGCUGCUUCGCUUUGCCCGUCGGCUUGCCUCCUCUCUCUCUCUCUCGCCUCCCCCUUUUUCCCUCUCGCACUGCUGCUGCGGCUUGUGCCGCCGCCGAAACGACGGCGGCUGUUUUCUGGCCCCAGCAGCGAGGAGUGGUCGCCGGCUGGAAUGGAUCGCGCGAGGAGGCAGCAGCAGCAGCAGGCAGCGAGCAACAAGUGCUUUCCCUCAUAGCAGCAGCGCGGAGAGGCCCGCGGACGGUGACAUUCGCGACCACUGUUUGACUGAACCGCCGGUGCGCUGCCAGCCGGCUUCUACCAAUCCGAACACACGAUCGAGAACACCACGAACGGUGGAUCUGCUUGCAGGCCUUCAGCGGUCGGCGCGCCUCUUCUUUCCUCUCUUCUCAUACUUCACCCAGUGACAACAGCUUGGAGGGAGUGUGUGUGUUGUGCGGCAAAAGUCGACUUUUACUGCCCAACCCGAAACGUUCCAUGGUUCUCUGUUGAUACCGAACCAGGACCCGCGUGCUCUGGAAAUUAUCAUUUUCCCGAGUUUCUUUCUAGGUGAAAUUCAUUUGACGCUCGCAAGAAGUGAGGAUAUUCUUAUUGCGGUCAUCUAUUUAUUUUGUUAUUGUUCAAAGUGCCCCGAACACCCCGAGCCAACUUUCUGCGAGUGAUUCUUCGGCCCCGUCGACGCGAGAUCGGCUUCUUCAGUGUGUGCCUCGUGGGUGAUAGUGUGCAUCUGGUGUUGGAAUCGUGCUGCAGUUGUGCGCGCGUGGCCGCGUCUUGAGUGCGUACGGCUUUCGUCGCAGUGUCCGUGCUUUGUCUGCCGAGUCGGUACAGUGCAGCGGGCCCCGUGCGUUUCUUGGAGCGCCGAUUUCAACGGGCGACCCUAUGGAUGUGGCUCGACAGCGGCCAUCCGCUGCCGGCGUCGGCGGGCCGCACUGACCGCCGUCCGUCCCCGAUGCCGUUCCCCUUCGUCUGGAACGCAGCUUUGCCGCGGGCGGCGCAGCGCUGCUGAGCAAGAGGACCACCGCAACAAGCGCGCUGCUCCUACAGAGGUGGCAUCGCCGGAGGGCAUCGCGAUCCGUGGUGGAGCGCUGCAGUUGUGCCUUGGACGGCGGCCGCGCUGCGGUAGCGUGGCGGCCAUGAGCUAGCCGCGCGGCGCAAGAUUGCCGUUGGAACCGCGGGGGCCAUGGCGUCGGUGCCCGCGGUGCCCGAGUUCCGGGACGCCGACCAGUGUCGACAACACGGCCUCGAGAUCAUCCGGCCCAAGCCGCGGCGCCUGGGAGACCUGAACCGACCGCACGACACCAGGAUGCCCGCCGAAGGCGCGUCACUGAGGGCAUCGCACCGUGACCUCGUGGGAGGCUCUGCUCCUUCGCUGACCAAGCUGUCGGUGCGGGACCUGUGGCCCAGUCCGUCCGGACGCUCCUCGCACGAGGCGUCUCCGCGGCCCUGCCUGUCUGCCGCCGCGUCGUCCUCGUCACCCGGACCUCCCGGGUCCAGCCGUGCGACGCCCGUGCGCGAAACGCCGGUGCCGAGCAGCGGCGGCAGCAGCAGUUGUGCCAGCAGUAGGGCCUCGCCUGGUUCUCUGGCGCUGUCGGCGGCCACCCGCGCUUCGCCAGCGCGCAACAAGCUGUCGCUGGCGGAGCCGGUGAUGACGCGAGAACAGGAGGAACAGCAGCAAGCCGACGAGGGAUUCCCGACGGACCCAAACUUCUCCGUGUAUCGUGACUCGGCCUCUAACACUGACUGCGGCUCGCUUAGCAAGAGCUCAUCAGAUGGUGACCCUGUUGUGUCGCGACGAAAGCCUCUGGCGCGGCUCAAGUCUCGCCGCCGCAACAUCCUCAGCUUUCCGCUCAACCCCGAGGACCCGAGGCUGGGUGUGCGUCGCCAUGACCUCUACGCCGGCGGCUCUUCUUCCGACGAGAACAGGUCAUCGGGGCACGCCAGUAUGAGUGACGGUGGUCAGUCGUCGUACGCGAGUUCGACGUCACCCCCGACGUACCUGGACUUCGCCCGUGCGGCAUCGUCGGGCGCGCCACUCACCAAGUCUCUGCACAAUGUGCCGGGACACCUCAAAGCUGUGCCCGAAGACGAACGAGUCCCCCCGACGUCGAUAUCCGCUUCGCGUCUCUGCCGCCGGUCCCAGCCGUCUUCGUCAUCUUCGUCGCACGGUCGUCGUGGAUACCGAAGUAGCAGCGGGGCCAGCUACGAGCUUCACGAGAGUUCGGCCAACCUGGACGACAUCCGGCAAGCCGUGGAGCAGCUGGCUGCACGAACACAGCAAGGGACGAGCAACAGCGGCUGCGGUGGCUACUCGACGUCGACGUACUCGUCGGACGCCGAGCCUGUCGGUGGAGGCGUGCGGAGGCUGAUGCGGCACUCGAGCCUCGAGACCAUCGCGACCAACAUCACGAGCGCCGAGGAGUUCGUCUGGGUGGACAACCUGCAGUCGCGGCUCGUGGAGAUGCAGCGGCCGCCCUGGACCAACCAUGACGUGCUGCGUGUGCUCCAGAGUGGUCGCCUUCGCGACCAGCGCCGCAAGAUCUCCAUGGAGGUGGUGCCGCGGCUAUCGUUUCUCUUGCAGAGGCCGUUGGUGCGCGUUGCUAGGGAGGCACAGAGGCUGUCCCGUCCUCUGGGUGUGUGCGGCAAGCGGCAGGUGAGCGGUGCCUUGUGCAUCGUGCUGUCGCCUGCCCUGGCCGAGAGCUGCGUGAGCGCCUGCCACCGGGCCGCCGCCAUGUACACUUCGUCGUCGUGCGACCAGCUGCGGCUGGGCAAGAGCGCCCGCGCCGGUCUACAGCUGCCCGUGGGACGGUUUCAGCGCUGGGCGUGCGACGCUAGGCUGGCGCCCUGUGUGCACGAGUACGGCGCCCUGUACCUGACGGCGGCCGCCGAGAACUUGCUGGAGGAGCUGGUGCUACGCUGCCUCGAGCCCGGUGCCACGCUGACCGCAGCCGCCCUCGAGGCGGCCAUCGCAAGCAGCGGCGAACUCUGGGGGCUCUUCCAGCCUUUCGCGCACCUCAACGCGGGAAGGACGGCGACAGGCGCACUGUCGAUGCCCCGCUGGCCUCAACAGCUUCAGCAAUGCGGAAGCGUUCGCGGAGGCCAGGGUGCGGACGCACAGCAGCCACAGCAGUUGGGCCAGCAGCCUUCGUCCAAGGACGACCACCACCGGAGCCCAUCGGCGGCCAGCGACGCCCACGAACAGAGCUUCCUCACCACGUGCGUCGGGAGCAUCGCAGAGCUGAGCGAACUCCUGUCAGCGGUGACCCAACUCUACCGGAGCCGCACGGGGUCGCAGCGUCCGCCGCUCAGCUGGGGCCCAGGAGCUGUGCACGCGCUCUACCACUAUAUGCGCUGCUCGCAGCUCGAGCAUGCAGAGCAUGGAUCGUCCAGGCGUUCGGCGGGGCCUGAACUCAUUUACGAGAGGCCGUAUCAGGUGCUCCCUCCGCUGGUGGAGUGGGUCCGGGUGGCGCACGCGCAUGCCGAGUACCGGCGCUCACCACUCGUGGACCAAGAUGACGUGAUGCAGGCUGCGCGCCUGUUACUUCCCGGAGUCGACUGCCCUGUGCGGGCUAUUGGUGAACUUCACGAAGAGCGUCUCCUGCUGCUGCGUCGAUCGAGUUCCGCGUCAGCGGACGACGUGCCUCAGGAGUGGGCGCGCCAACUGCAAACCGAGUUGGCGUUCCGGUUGCUGUCACUGUGCGGCCAGCAGGGAACGGGCGCAGCCGUGGUGUCUCAGGCGUUGGCGCUGCUGCCAACACCAACGCGGCUGGACACGCGCGACCAGCGCGGCUUGACGCCGCUCAUGCUGGCCUGCGCCAGAGGGGACGAGGUCGCUGCCCGAGUUCUUGUCCAAGCAGGAGCCGACAUACAUGCCGAGGCACCACUGUGCACGCCUCAAUGUCCGCUAGCCAUUCCGGAGGUGCAGGGCUGGACAGCGCUUACAUUUGCUACGACGCAAGGAAUGGUGUCCACUGUUCGAAUGCUGCUGGAAAAAGGUGCCAACGUGGAAGGGAGCUCAACGCCAAAUGAGGAGAAGGUGACGGAAACUCCGCUUCAGUUGGCUGUCGCAUUCAGCCACCUGGAGUUGAUCAGCGUGCUCCUGUCGUAUGGAGCGAAGCCCUUCUGCGCCACACCAUUCCUAGACGCGCAGAGCUAUGGUGGUGCACAUCCGCGCGGCUGCUACGGGGCGGCGGCUGUGGCGGCAGCCCAUGGGCGCCGCAGCGCGCUGCGGAGGACUACUCGCUCACCGAGCACUGCCGGAGGCGGACGCCAAGGGGACGUGCUCUCGCUGCACGAGAUACUGGCCGAAGGUGCUGGGACUACGGACCGGAGAACAACCAGAAGCAACAAGCGGAAAGCAGGCCAGCCUCUUAGUAAAGCCCACGUGAAAGCGCUGCAGGAAGCCAUGUACCAGAGUGCGGAGAACGGAUACCUCGAGGUCACCUUGGACCUUCGGAGUAUAGGUGUUCCUUGGACACUGCACUGCUGGAUGCAGACGUUGACUAUGGCUCACGAACAGCAACUUGAGAGUACUAUUGAUGAGCUGCUGCAAGAUUUCUUGCAUGUAUGGCCAGAAGAUUGCAGCACGCAGUUUGUGGAAGACUGCCUGCCCCUGCUGUUCUCCAUCUUUAGGCAUAGCAAGAAUGAAGGCACCACCCUGCUUCUGGCAGACAUCUUCUCUGUUUGCUAUGGGGAAGAGAGCAUCAAGGAAAUUCGGGACGUCUCACUCUCUGGUGGCGCAAGGAUAGACCCCAAGUAUGUCAACAAUCCUGAGAUGUCAGACGUGCAAUUCCGUGUCGAAGGACGCGCCUUCUAUGCGCACAAAAUAAUCCUGGUAAACGCGUCACCUCGCUUCAAGGCCAUGCUCUCUUCAAAGGCGGCCGAGGGCAGCACGCCUGUUGUCCAGAUCAACGACAUAAGAUAUGACAUCUUCCAGCUUGUCAUGCAGUACUUGUACAAAGGCGGCUGCGAAGAUUUUGACAUCGACCAAAAUGAUGUGCUUGAGCUGCUUACGGCUGCCACGUUCUUCCAACUGGAUGGCCUCGUUCGCUUCUGCGAGGCGCGCUGUUCCAACUGUGUCGACCUCGACAAUGUGGUCGCCACAUACGUGCACGCCAAAGUGUACAACGCAGUCCAGCUUCUGGAGUACUGCCAGGGCUUCCUGCUCCAGAACCUGGUUGCGCUGCUUAGCUACGAUGACGGCGUGCGCAAGCUGCUGUUCGGCAAGCGCCUGCACAACCACGACGUCCUCAGCGGCUUGCUGCUCACGCUUCAGGCGCGGGUGAAACAGCGGGUGGCCAUGUCCAAGUCUCUCGCCGCCAAAAGAGCUUCCACGGGUCACGAUGCGAAGAUGAGGCUAGUCGGUCCUAACAAGUAGCCGAAGGCCGACACGAACGCCCACUGAACAGACGCGAGAUGAACAAGGUGUAAGCGGUGACUUGGAAGUCUACGCAUCAUGCGAUGACAUCCUGCCUGAGCUCUGCCCCUGUGACAAGAACAAAAAGAAUGAAGUAACUGGUCAAGAUGCAACUCGCACACGUCAGAACACCAGAACACCAAGAUGGCCGCCUUGUGAACUUGUGUGCGCACCUCCACCGGCUCCGCGGACAGUAACGUCGUAAAGAACCAUUCAAGUCUACAAAUGCCAAUAUUUCUUCGGACAUGUUCUCGAGAACUAACACAACUGCCCAGCGUGCCUUAAGAGUGUCGGUGAAGCAACUAGUGGACAAGACUCGGGGCACUCUGUGUUCAAUAUUUCAUGCCGUACGAAUGGUACAGUAACAUUGAAUUAUGUGACAGGGACGCAUUCCUAUAGUACUGUAAGUGACGUGUAGGUGAAAAGUGUUAAACCUAACUUUUGUUUUACCCUACUUGGAGUGGUGGUCCAAAGUGCGCAUCUUUUGACAAUCUUCACAAGAGGCAGCUAAGGCUAAGUUCUACGGCACGGAUCUUUUGUCUCUGCGGUGGUCUCAUAAAACUUUAUAUGUCCAAGGCUAAUCGCAGCCGCAUGUGCUUUCCUAAGGAUGAUGUCGUGACAUGAAGGCAUUUACUUACUUUUUGGCGCUCAUAUAUUCUGUCGGUGGUCUUUGCUAAGCCAUUGUAGUGGAGCACCGUGUCUGGCUGCUCACAAACUGUCUUUGUUAGGUUAGCUGUAGGAAGCCUGUAUCCUUACGUGGUCUUGCAUUUGCGUACGAAAAAGUUCCACGAAGUACUUGCCAGAAAACGGCCACUGGGUGUCAUGAAAAAGGAGAAAGCUUGAUCGCGUCUCGACUCUCUAGCAUGGCGACAAAAACCAUGCUAGACAUGUACAACGUAUUUCUGAAGUUAAGAUGUAACAAGACUAUCUAUAAAUCCGUAAAAAGGGGAACUUCAGGUCGUCGUUAGACAUUCUGUGCAUUUCAUGCUUUCUUUUUGAACUUUAACCUUUAGGCUUGCUACUCUAAAACGCUGGGACCAACGUAGCUGCCAUUUUGAGCUAUAAAACAAAAUAGUAGUGCCAUGUUGUGUGGGUUUACUUUGAUGUGUUCAAGAGCAAAUGUGUGUUGUUCUGAGUGAUGGCUAGGUGGCGCUGAACGCCUCUUGUUUAACGCAGUCACUGUUAAUAUCUCAGUAACGGUAACGUUAGCAGUCAUCUUCCGUUUCUCGCAUACAUUGGCUGCCGUCAAACUCAGUGCGGUCGGUACACUUUGUUUCUCGGUCGCAUGAACGUUAGGCCUAGGUGCCAUAUUCCACGAUUUCUCAAGACAAUUCUCGCCAGUGCUACACGUUCUAGCUCUGUGUCAACAUGAUGAUACAACUGUUUGUAACUGUUUGUGGCAUCCACUUACGGCAAGCUAUAGCUGCAUAAUGAAACAGCGGUUUGGGUGAGGGACCGCUAAAGCACUACCACCACCGUGCCUUGUGCCAACUGUGCAUGCACGGCAGUGCAAUUAAGGCUAAUGCGCACUCUGCUGGUUAGUGGGUGUGUGGUGAUAAUGGUAUCUGAUAGCUUCUAUGGGCUGAUCAUAGUGACGUCGACAUGGCUUUCUUGACAAGUAACUAGUUUUUCUACAGCGUAGGUGACGCUCGGACAAAAAAAAAUCAACAUUCGGGUUUUUUGAACAUGUGUUUGUGCGUGUUCUGUUGUCUGCAUAUUGUCUUCUACGUGUGGUAGAAAAAAAAGAAUAUACAGCUUUCAACAACCAACAACUCUGAAAGUAGCAUGCGCUUUUACAGUAACAGUGAUUACAUACAUGGUCCGUGCCAAAGACACUUUGGUUGAGACAGAAGCGCUUAUACAUCACUCAAGCAUAUAUUUUCCUGCGAAAGCGGUGGACCCUGGUUGAUGUGCUUGAUAAUCGUUAAAAGCUAUGGUGAUGUUUAAUGAUCUGGCAUUUAUGGCGUACCGUAAACAAUAUAUUUUUCGCCUCAUAGAUUGCACGAUGAAGGAGUCGUGCUCUAGCUUGUUAGUUUUGCUUCACUCAGUGCAUUUAACAAUUACCCGCCGCGGUGGCUUAGCAGCUAUGACAUUGCAGUGCUAAGCAUGAGGCCGAGGAUUCAAUUCCCGGCCACGGGAAGCGCAUCUUGAUGGGGGCGAAAUGCAAAGACGCUAGUGUACGAUGUAUUAGGUGCGUGUUCAAGAACCCCAGGUGGUCAAAAAUUAAUCCUGAGUCCCCGAUAUAUAAGGCGUGCCUGAUAAUUAUAUCGUGGUUUGCGCACGUAAACCUCUAGAAUUUAUUUUUAAAAAUAAUUUUAGAGCAAGUUAAACAACACUUAAGGUAGGUUCCUUUAAUGACACAUUCAGCCCAGGAUCAAUCGAGUGUUUUCAGUGUGCUCCAAGUUUGUUGGAAUAUAUAUGGCCUGUCUACGUCUGUUCAUUGCCUGCGCUGUAGAAAACCACUUAAUCGCUACGCAUCGCACUGCUGUUGUAUGCCUGUAAGGAAACGGGACCGUAAUGCAUGAAGACCUGGUGGUCUAGGGAGUUGUCGUUCUGCCGCAGGUUCACAGGGGCUGUAAAAAGCAUGUUGCUGUGAGUCGCUGCCAUUCAAAUUAAUCUUAGUCGUUCCCGUAUGUAAAUAAUUUCGACUCCGUGGUGCACAGUUUAGUGCAAAAUAAGGUAAUAAUUGUAUGCUCCUUAUUGUCCAGGCCUGGCAGAAUACUCGUCCGAAGUUGUCUUAUUCGUUGAUCUUCUCGAUUUUGUGUGCGUGUUUAUAUUUGUGCAUAUUCUAAGCAGUGAUGAGCGUAUUCUUGUCUUUGUGCCGUCAGGAGCGGUAUCGAGUGCUUUCUUCUCCGUGCUGAAAGAAUCGCUGUGUAUGUUGCGGAGGUUUUCGCUGUCUGCUAGUUCUCGGCAUGUUAGCCAGUAGAGAACUGUGAAUAAUGAUAUAAGUGUGUUGCAGCGGUCGUGGCUUUUGCACCAACACAUUUCUGGGGUCACGUGCGAUAACGUUAACUGUCUUAGGCAACAGCUCAUGCUAACUUUGUCUCGUUAUCGAGUGAAACUACUUGGCGUAGUUUCUGAAUUUUUUGAGUAAAAACAAAAAAAGAAAGCGGAUUGAGUUUUCAAUAGUGAUCGUAUUUCUGGGGACUACAGUUAUAACAGUCAUUUUUGCAGCGCAGUCAUCUGCAGUGUCAUCGGUUUUGGAGUGGUUUGCAGGUCGACAUUAAAGGGUAUCGAUAAAGAAUUGGGUUCGUUCCUGUUUAUUGGGGGCGCUUCUUACCUGUCCUUGCUAUUUUUCUACUGACUUGGCCGUGUGUUCGAGGUUUCGGGUUUUUAUCGGGUUUUCUUUUAACAUAUCAUUUGCAGUUUUAUCAUACACAAUAUACCAUUGAUUCUUGUAGGAGUUGCUGCUCACACCACAUCUUGCGUUAAGGAACCUUUGUGUGUUCUUUAUCAGAAAUUUCUUCCGCAGUUGGCAGCUUCAGUACCUCAAAUAUCUUGGGCUCAAUGUUGCAAAGGAUUUUCUUUUGUUCUAAUUACCGGUGAUUUACGUUAACAAGAAAGCCACUGCAUGUGCUCUUAACUCUAUUCCAUCGUAUCUUUUGACGGAUAAUGUUGCGAUUUGAUCUUGACGAAGGGGUCUUUUCUUCUUCCUGCUAAGCAAACAAAAAAGACAAAUGAGUCAUUGCCUCUUUUUUUUUUUGAGGGGAUAAAUCUUAACGCCACUGAUAACAAGAUAACCACAAUCCUAUUAUCAUGCACCACUGAAUAAGUGCCUUAAUAAACGACGGCCCAAACGUUGUCAGUUUGAAACUUUUCGCUGCAGCUUACUAACGCAUCUUUCAUAAUUUAUCUUUGCCUAUUGUUUUCUUAGCAUAUUAGUGCACUUUAAAAAGCAUUUCUCGAAGAUUCCUUACGAACUUUAACAUUCCUCAUGGGACCAAAAAAGUGUGUACAUUCUAUUUUUCAAGUUUGGUGGCCUUUACAUGAUAAAGGCUUUUCACAAUAUGCAAGCGCCAUUGUAUUACUGUAACGUUCCAUUUUAUUGAAACGACCGACACAACACAGUUAAUAGCCACGUGGCCUCAGUCUAAUAACAGCAAGGACAAGAAACGACUUUUUGACACGCUCACUUAUGUUCGUGUGCCAAACGAUAUUAAGCUUCGGGGCGUUAGCAAUGUACCUUAUAAUACGUGUCACUUUGCCUUUAUGAGAUGACACACCCAUAGUAUUCGGGAACACCUACGGAGCCUAGAAGUUAUAUAAUCUUUGAACAUCUCCCGUAGCAUAAGUGCCAUUGGGCUUUAUUCCAGAACGACUUUACAUUAUGAGGAUGGAAACAGUACUUUUUGUUGAUGACUUCUGAACCGAAUGUAGUGACUUCAUGUUUACAGUCAACAAGGUACUCAACGCAUCAAUCAAGCAACUUUUUUACUAAAGAGAUAUUGAGACAUCUACAAGGUGCAGACGUCCAAAAAGAAACCUAUGUACGAAUUUCGACUACAGAAGCGAAUUAUUGUAGCUUAAGCUAGGGAAUACAUGGAGGAUUCACAUAAUAUGCAGACCAACAUUUGUAUUUAGCCAUGGGACGACAUUGGCAGUGUUAAUUUAGGUCCGGCGCAGUUAUGGUGGGUGCUCGGCGAGACAGACAAAAAAGAGAAACAGGCACAGGAACUAAUCAAAGCUUGAUACAAAAGCUUUCUGUGCAGAAGCUUUAGUACUUCACUAGAAAAUUCACAGUAUUCACUAGAAAAUUGUGCACCUAUUCGACCUACUGUAACAGCUUUGUUGCAGUUUCCUUAUUGCAGAACAUUUUGUGGACUUUGAAGUGCAUAUUGAGGACGCCUAAUUAAUUCACUGAUUUUGAAAAAAAAAAUAGGGGACACUGGUCAACGACCGCAACAAAAUGCACAUUUUCGUCUUCGUAAGGUGAAUCAUUUUACGUCAGCGUCUCCGUUCGACAUUUUGUGUGAGUGAAGUUGAGAGUAUACCACAAAGAGCAGACAUCUGAGCAAAAUUGUAAAAGAAAUACUCACCAAAUCCCCGUGAAGUUGUUCAUGUCGCUGCUCCCCAUUAUUACAUUUUUUCAACAUUAUUAUUUUACGGUGGCCAUUCAGACAGCCUUGUUGGCAAACUACCUCAGUGCGCAUCCUCCGCGCCAUUUACUUUUUUGUGUGUUUAUGAAGCGCAGGAACCGCUCGCGCCAUGUUUGAACUUUGUACAUAAGACACUUCUGUUAUCCCACCGAAAUUAGAUUUUUGCGCUUGCCUUUCAAAAGCACACGUGCGUAUCACAUUCAUGGUUUCGAGCAUCAUUACUGCGCAGAUUCAACCACCGAGGGGAAAUGGUAGAUAACUUUGUAUAUUGUUUUUUCUUGCACAUGAAUAUAACAUUUGUUGCCAGGAGUGCUGCGUUUCUUCAUUAUCUCAACUUUUUGGCACCACCCACGAGUGGACUCGAAGCAUUCGAUGCGUGGUGGCUAGAAGACAAAUGGUGUGCUCACAUAAUGUUUGUAGGGGGGGGAUUUUUGGAAAGCGUCAAAAUAUGGCUCUGUUUGUGUUGUGCACGCGUCCAACUUUUGUCCAACACACAGUUUGUUUUACGUGCGAACUCGAUGCAUCUAAUGUGUUGUCCUGUAGCUGCUGAUGGUCAUAACGGAAUGUUUGAACAGCCUUUCUGGUGAAAAAAGUAAGAAAGAAGAGUGAAAUCACCACAAAUGCAACAAUCGGAGCUUCUGCAGCUCCGAAAACUUUCUUUCUCGUGAUGGCUUACUGGCAUUCGAGUAACAGAAUUAACACCAGUUUUCGACAUCUGUGAACUGAAAAUAAAGUAUUUU